CCGCCGCCGCCCUCUCCGCAACACCCCUCCCUUUUCCCAGGCCAUCUUGCACCAGGAAUCACGUGAGAAAUGGAAACCAGCGGUUGUUCCCAUAGAGAUAGGAAAAGGCUGUUCUCGCUUGUCACGUGAAUUGCACUUGCCCAUGGAUCCUUCCGCCGGGCUUGGCGCUGCUCGGGAGCCGUAGAGCCCCCGCUGCCCUCCAGUGCCGGCCCGCGCGCGCACGCAGGGCCCUCUCCCCCCCCCCCCCCCGCGCUUUCCUCCCCUCGCGUCCCCGCUCGUCGUGGCGCUCGUGAGCGGAACCUGCGCUCGCGCACCGACCGUGCCAUGGAGGUUUUCAUUCCAUCGUUCCGCUAUGAGGAGAGCGAGCUGGAGAGAGGCUAUACGGUUUUUAAGAUAGAGGUAUUAACGAAUGGAAGAAAGCACUAUGUUGAAAAGAGGUAUAGUGAAUUUCAUGCUCUCCAUAAAAAGCUUAAGAAAUUCAUAAGAACACCAGAAAUCCCUUCAAAGCAUGUAAGAAACUGGGUGCCCAAAGUUCUGGAACAACGUCGGCAUGGCUUAGAAGUUUAUUUACAGAAUAUUAUUGUAGAAAAUGAAGAGCUUCCUAAAAUAUUUCUUGAUUUCCUCAAUGUUCGGCAUUUUCCAUCUCUCCCCAAAGCAGAAAGUUGUGGCUCGUUUGAAGAAACAGAAUCUGAAGAAUCAAGCAAACUGUCCCACCAGCCUGUGCUGCUGUUCCUAAGGGAUCCAUAUGUCUUGCAAGGAGCCAAUGAUGACUUUCCAAAUGUAGUUAUCGAAGGUGUUCUCCAUGGAUUGUUUUAUCCUCACCUACAACCCAGGUAGAAAAUGGGUUUGGAUGGAUAUAAAUUCAUGCAAUCCCUCUUCCUUGAUCUAGGCUUUUAGUGAAACGCAAAACAAUGGAACAUGACAAGUUUUUAAAUUAAUUCAGUGUUAUCACUAACAUUGCUGCUUUAAAAAUUAUGAACAGAGAAAAUGCUAUUCUGUUGGAUCUGUUUACUAUACUGAAAUAUUUAAACUAAUAGCUGACAUUCAUUUUCUGAAUUACACUAACAUUAUGUACUUGAUUUUUUGUAAUGAGUAAUUACACACCAGCCUUUCACUUUAGUAUCCACUGCUGGCAGUAGAUACACAGGACAUUCUAACCCAUGUGAAAUUGAAAAAUGCAAAUGUUAAGGAAAUCACUGCCAAAACUGAAAAUGUAACAUAUGCUUAUUGUAUCAAUAUUUCUGAUGUGAUGUCGUAUCAUAUUCACAUUCUUCGAGAUGGAGAGAAAUGUUUGAAAUAUGCUUGAAGUUGGGCUCAAAUGUAGCUUUAAUUUCCCUUCAGAACCUUGCCACAAUCCUUGUGCUUCCAGACAACACUACACUUGCAUACUUUCCCAUGUUAAUUAAUCCAUACCUCCAUGUAAAAAAGAGGACUGAUUAGUAACAGUAAUCAGCUAAUCAGUGUUCACAGGUCAACUGGCUAAAUGAACAUAUGCAUACAUUUUGCAAGAUGUUAGAAUCCAAAAUAAAAACAUUAGCAUUACA